CAACCCCUAGUGUUGGUAAACACCUUGAUGAACGAUGCUGCCCGUACCAAAAGUCACUAAUUCUAUCUUGAAAGGAUUAACGGAAAUAUGUCCACAAGCCGGCCCCUAGUCACUGUGGUCCGGGCCGGGCACCAUAGUUACACUGCGGGACUGAAGCUACAGAAACACCUGGCGAAGAGCAAGCAAAAUAUAGAUGAUUUUGCGGAAUUUCGUAACUACCUUGUUCUCCAAGAGCACGAUCCUGUCUACACCAUAGGAAUACGGACGAAGGGUUACACCGAGGCCGAUGAGGAGAGGCUGCGAAAGCUAGGGGCCGACUUCCAUCGCACGGAUCGCGGCGGCUUGAUCACAUUUCAUGGGCCUGGUCAGUUGGUUGCCUAUCCGAUCCUGCACCUGCAUCAGUUCAAGCUCACCAUGCGCAACUAUGUUGGCACGCUGGAGCGCAUGGUAAUCGAAACCUGUAAGAAUCUUGGAAUUCCAAACGCUAACACAACGAAGGAUACGGGAAUCUGGGUGGGCGACUAUAAGAUCUGCGCCAUCGGCGUCCAUGGUUCGCGUUACGUCACAACUCAUGGCAUCGGUCUCAACUGCUGCACCGACCUCAAGUGGUUUGAACACAUAGUGCCCUGCGGCAUUGAGGGUAAGGGCGUCACUUCCUUGAGUAAGGAACUGGAUCGGCACGUCGGUACAGAGGAAGCUAGUCGAACGCUUCUUAAAAGCUUUUCCCAAGUAUUUGACUGUCGCCUGGAGGAGCAGGCGGACUCCAGAGUUUGUGAUACCAUUUAGAAACCCACACGUGUACUUACUAGCUAAAGCAAUUAAUUAAAAUAUCUAUUUAUUAGUUAAA